AUGGGAGCCUCCAAAUGUAUCACACUGGCAAAAUACAUCUUGGUGUUUACAGGAAUCAUUUACCUGAUCUCUGCUGGUGGCCUAUCCUAUAUUGGCAUCUGGGUGUUCAGCACCUACGACCACUACGAUGAGAUUGCAGAUUCCUCGCUGACCCUGCUGCCAGCCAGCAUUAUCCUGGCCAUCAGUGCUCUCAUGUGUAUCAUCGGCAUCCUGGCUUGCCUGGCCGCCUGCAAGAGGUCCAAGAAAUUGUUGUCAGUGUUCUUCUGCUUGAUUUUAAUGGUGUUACUAGGUGAGAUAUCCGCUGGUGCCCUGGGAUUUGUGUACAGAAGUAAGGUGGAGGCAGUUCUCAAGGAAGAUCUCAUGGAUGCCAUUAACAAUUACAAUGUCACAGUCUACCGGGAACAGAUAGACUACAUGCAGGAGGAGUUCUCCUGCUGUGGAGUACAGAAUGCAUCUGAUUGGUUGAGCUCCACAUACUGGAGACAGAAUCACAGUGAUACUGUGCCAUCUUCAUGUUGUAAGUCCAACCAGACUUGCACCCCCAAGCUAGGCUCUCAGAAUAUAUACUAUGAUGGCUGCUUGAGCAAGUUGGACCAGGAGUUCAAUAAAAAUCUGGUCUAUGUGAUCUCAGCUGCCGUGUUUCUGGCCCUGGUGCAGCUGCUAGCACUACUGAGUGCAUGUAUCCUGGUGUGCAGAAUCACUGAGGAGCGCCAGUACCAGACUCUAGCAGACCAGUCACCCUCAGGCUGGAGAGUUUGA